UAAACAGAUACCUAAACAAUCUUAUUAUCAAUUCAUAUGAACUUUCUAAACCAUAGAAGAUCGUCUGACGAUGAUAUAGAUUCAAUAUCAGAUGCUGGAGGUGGGAACAAUUCCAGAUCAGCCACGGCAAAGUCACGUAAACCUCCUAAUACCGCAUUCCGUCAACAAAGAUUGAAAGCAUGGCAACCAAUUCUUACACCAAAGAGUGUAAUUCCAUUGUUGUUUGUAUUAGCAAUGAUCUUCACCCCAUUGGGUAUAGCGAUAUUGCAUACUGUAUACAAUGUAGAGACGUUGCAAGUGAACUAUUCUGCGUGUGAAGAACUCACUGCAAAUCAAGCAUUUACCGCAAUUCCUUCAAAAUUUGUCACAAAACAUUUAAGUGGUAAUUUAGAUUUAAAAUGGAAAUUAGUAAAUGAUACAACGAGUGGUAAUGGGGUUUUUGAUCCAGUUACGAUGGAACCAAAUGGUCUGUCCAACGGUCUUACAUGUCAAGUACAAUUUUCAUUAAAUAAACCAAUCAAACCUCCUAUUUAUCUUUAUUAUCAUCUUACAAAUUUUUAUCAAAAUCACAGAAAAUAUGUUGAAUCAUAUGAUUUAGGACAAUUAAGUGGUAAUGAUGUUGGAUUAAAUGAUCUUGCAUCAAAAUGUAAACCAUUACGUGGCAAUGAUCAGGGGAAAAUAUAUUAUCCUGCAGGACUUAUUGCCAAUUCAUUCUUCAAUGAUACCUUCCUGUCACCAGUGUUACUUAAUGCACAAUCGCUGGAUAAUUAUGAGGUCUAUAACAUGUCUUCAAUUGGGAUUUCUUGGUCACUGGAUAGAAAUCAUAAAUAUAAAAACUCUACAUAUGAUCUUGAUCAAAUCGUUCCACCUCCAAAUUGGUCAAAAUUGUUCCCUAAUGGAUACACAAGGGAGAAUUUCCCAGACUUGAGUAAAUGGGAACACUUACAAAAUUGGAUGAGAACAGCUGGAUUACCUAAUUUCUAUAAACUUUACUCCAAAAAUGAACAUGACACCAUGUCUUCUGGAGUUUAUCAAAUUGAUAUCGCCUUAAACUAUCCAACAUCUGGAUUUGGAGGAAAAAAGCUGCUUGUAAUAACCACCAAUCUGAUCUUUGGUGGUCGUAACCUCCUGUUGGGUGUUAUUUAUAUCAUUGUUGCUGUGAUUUGUCUUGUAUUGGGGGUUGCAUUCUUACUUCAACAUUUGAUAAAACCAAGAAGAAUAGGUGACCACACCUAUUUACAUGGUGGUAAUGUUCGUGAUGCUUUAUAGUUUUAAUAUAAACUGUGAAUGAAUGAAA